UUAUUCCGGUUGGUCGUUCCGUACACGUGUUCGCUGUUGUUUUAUCUUGAACUUUUUGCCCUUAUUCAACACAGUAUUAUUCCAAAGACUAUUCGCUCUCGCGCUUUGGUUUGAUCGAAGAGACAAACGUCAAUUUUUUUUCGAAUUAAUCAUUAAACAUCACAAUGACAUCCUCAAAAAAAUAGUCUUAGUUUUUUUUAUUGGUAACCCGUAUAAUUUUUGAAGUGGAAACUAUUCAAUCAAAAUUUCACAUUUACACAUACAUAUGUUUCAUUUUUCUUUAAAAUCGUUUUUUUAACAUCAUUUUGGUAAUAUUGGUGAGUUGCAAAUUGAAUUGAAAAUAUUUCUGGGUUUAAAAAUGAAUUCGAAUGUAAUUCGUAGAAUUUUAGUCGACUUAGCUCGCUCUUAUCCAAGUCAAUAUCAUCAAGUCUACUUAAACACCCUUCAAAACCAACAAGUUCGCACCCUCACGGUCGUUCAUGGACAAAUUGAUCAAUUGCCACAAAAAGUCAAAGAUUUCGUAGAGGAAUGUGUAGAAUUAUGUUGUCCGGAUAAGCUCCAUAUUUGCGAUGGAAGCGAAGAGGAAAAUAACAACUUAAUUAAAGUGCUUGCCGAUAAAGGAGUCAUCAAUCAAGUCACUAAAUUAGAAAAUUGUUGGUUAGCGAGGACUAAUCCAAAAGAUACAGCUCGAGUUGAAGCAAAAACGUUUAUUUGUACCGAGGAAAAACACGAUGCAGUCCCAAGAUCUAAACCGGGUGUACAAUCAAAAUUAGGACACUGGUUAUCCCCUGAUGACAUGGAUAAAGCCGUUGCAGAACUCUUUACGGGUUGUAUGAAAGGAAGAACCAUGUUUUUGCUUCCAUACUCAAUGGGGCCGAUUGGUUCCCCCUUAUCAAAAAUAGGGAUCCAAUUAACCGAUUCGGAAUACGUCGUUUUAUCAAUGAGGAUAAUGACGAGAAUGGGUCAAGCGGUUAUGAAACACUUAGGUAACAACGAUUUUGUAAAAUGCCUCCAUUCAGUUGGCACCCCAAAAAGUGGAAGGCACGAAAAUCCUUUAUGGCCUUGCGAUCCCGAGCGUACCAUGAUCAUGCAUCGCCCAGAUUGCAAUGAAAUCGUUUCUUAUGGAAGUGGAUAUGGGGGAAAUUCAUUGCUGGGAAAGAAAUGUUUUGCUUUAAGAAUUGGGUCAACUAUCGCUAAAAGAGAAGGAUGGCUAGCUGAGCAUAUGCUGAUUUCUGGUUUUACAAGACCAGAUGGUUGCAAAUUCUACAUAACAGCCGCUUUUCCAUCGCAAUGUGGGAAAACUAAUUUAGCCAUGAUGACCCCAACUUUAAAAGGCUACAAAGUUGAAUGCGUCGGGGAUGAUAUCGCUUGGAUGCGUUUCGAUAAAGAAGGAGUUUUACGCGCGAUCAACCCAGAAAACGGAUUCUUCGGUGUAGCCCCCGGAACGAAUCAUGAAUCAAACCCAAUUGCUAUGGAAACAGUCAAAAAAGACACAAUCUUCACUAACGUUGCAUCAACAAGUGAUGGAGGUGUUUAUUGGGAAGGGCUUGAAAAAGAAGUCGAUUUAACCCAUCUUAAAGUUUGCGAUUGGUUGGGUUAUGAGUGGACCCCCGGAAGUAAAAAUUUAUCAUCUCAUGGAAACUCAAGGUUUUGUUCUCCAGCUGUGAAUUGUCCAAUCUUAGAUCAUGCUUGGGAGGCACCUGAGGGUGUUCCAGUUUCUGCGAUUCUCUUCGGGGGAAGACGCCCCGAAGGAGUUCCUUUAGUUUACGAAGCUUUAAAUUGGAAACAUGGCGUGUUCGUUGGUGCUUCAAUAAGAAGUGAAGCCACUUCCGCCGCAGAAUUUAAAGGAAAAACAAUUAUGCACGACCCAUUCGCUAUGCGUCCAUUCUUCGGGUACAAUUUCGGAAAAUAUAUCGAACAUUGGUUGAGUAUGGAGAAGAAAUCACAAAAAUUACCCAAAAUUUUCCAUGUAAAUUGGUUCAGAAAAGGUAAAGAUGGAAAAUUCCUUUGGCCGGGAUUCGGAGACAACGCAAGAGUUAUCGAAUGGAUUAUGAGGAGAUGUGCUGGUGAAGAUGUCGCUAUUGAAACACCGAUUGGUUGGAUUCCUAAACCCGGGACUCUUCAUAUUGAAGGUUUGAACCCAACGCCCAAUAUGGAGGAAUUAUUAAAAAUCGAUAAAAAAUUCUUUUUGGACGAAUUAACGGAAAUUGAAAAAUAUUUCGAUGAAAAUCUAACAACGGAUUUACCACAAGCGAUGAGAGAUGAAAUAAAAGCUCAACGAGAGCGGUUAAGUAAAUAA